AUGACUGCCCCACCAACUUUAGUCAACUCGCCUGAUAUCUCCUUUGAGUCAAGAUUACAAUCCAAUCCAAGAUUUGUUCAAAUUCAAAAAGAAUAUAUUGAUUUCACUAAUACUCAUACUCAAAAACUUAGUAUUAAUGAAAAAUUAACUCCAAAUUUUACAGGAGUUACUUUGGUUGGUGAUAAUAAGAUUAAUCUUAGAACUCCAACAAUGUAUUUCAUUGAAGAUAAAUUUUUAGAAAUUUAUAAAGAUAUUCCUCAAGAUUAUGAAGGUAAUAAUUAUUCAAUUACAUUUUUCCAUUUAGGUAAUGGCUUAACGUCUCAUUUAGGUGUUCUUCAUGGUGGUAUAACUGCUACUUUAGGUGAUGAACUUACUUGUAGAUUAGCAUUUUUAAAUUUUGAAAGUCGUAAAGGAGUUACUGCAAACUUAAAUAUUGAUUAUAAACAACCUGCAUUAGCUGAUCAAUAUAUGAUGGUUAAAUGUACUAUUUUAGAGAAAAAAGGAAGAAAAUGUUGGGUUAGAGGUGAAGUUUAUAAAGUUGAUGAAGGUAUUCCACAAGAUGGCGAUUUAACUAUUGAUAAACCAGAAAACUUAUUAGCCCAAUGUAAAGUAUUAGUAAUCGAACCAAAAUGGGUUGAUAAAUUGGCUUGA